AUGGUCAACGUCGCUGUCGCCGGCGGCACAGGGGGCGUCGGGCGCACGAUCGUCGAAGUCCUCGCUGAAUCCCAUCAUGAGGCAUUUGUCUUCUCGCGCAAGCCAUCCACCAGUCAAGGCAAGGUCACCUCGCUCACAGUCGACUACACCAACAUCCCCGCCCUAGUGGACGUCCUCGAAGCAAACAAAAUCCACACCGUCAUCUGCGCCUUCGCUGUCGCGGGCGACUCACUCUCAACCUCACAGAAGAAUCUCAUUGAGGCUGCGAACCUCUCAAGCACGACGAAGCGAUUCGUGCCGAGUUCGUUUGCGAUUAAGUAUCCGGAGACGGCUGUCGAGAUCCUCCCCCAACUAAAAGACUACUUCGACGCCCUUGAAACCCUCCGCUCCUCGGAUCUGGAGUUCACAGUCUUCCACAACGGCAUCUUCCUCGACUAUUUCAUUAGCCCCGAGAGCGGGAUGAAGACCUACCUGAAACGCAACGUCUUCGUACUCGACAUCGCGAACAAAGUCGCUGCUAUACCUGGUGACGGCACCAGUGUGGUAACAUUCACAUAUACAUUCGACCUUGCGCGCUUCGUCGUCGCGGCUCUUGAUCUGGAGACUUGGGAAGAGGAGAGUUGUGUUGCCGGUGACGAGAUGAGUUGGAAUGACUUCGUUGCGUUGGCUCAGGAGGUUCUUGGUGUCGAAUUCGAGAUCCACUAUGAUUCUGUUGAGAAGUUAAGAAGUUUCAAAAUCACCGAGUUGCCGGGCCAUGUAUCGUUGUAUGAGCGCUUCCCGAAGAAGGCGUUUCAGUGGUUCAUGGCGGCUUUUGAGCUUUUUACGCUUGGUGGGGGGUCGAGGCUUGAAAGAGUGGGGAGUUUGAAUGGGGUGUUCCCGGGGAUUAGGGCUGUUACGGUGAGGGAUGUGCUUGAGGGGUGGAAGUGA